GUAAAAAUGUCUGCUUCAAGAGACUCAAAAAAUAAGUUUUCAGAAUGAAUUACAAUUGAUAGCCGAGCAUAAUUAUUUAUUACGAAAUAAUCAGAUUCGAAAAUGGAACACGAACAGAAGACGGACACAAUAAAUUGCUGCAUGCCUUAAUUUUUUAAAAAGUAGAUUUUUUACGAAUCUCAUAGAACAUAAGUGUAAUUGUGUGGGUCAUGUGUGAACAUUGAAGUUGUGUGUGUGUGCAGUGAAACAUGUCUGAUGAGGAGGACUCGUCACCUGAUCGGGCCUUGGUCCCCACCAACAAUGUACCAGUGCUGGGCAUCAAGCGUCUCAAGCAAAUCGAGACGAUGUGCCUGUCACGUAGGGUCCAAAUUCCCCGCAGCCACGGGCUCAGUGUGGAGACACUGCUGGAUGUGCUGCUCGUGCUGUACGACGAGUGCUGUAAUAGCAGCCUUCGGAGGGAGAAGGCUGUCGCUGACUUCAUACAGUAUGUUAAACCAGUGGCCACAGCGCUGAAGCGGCUGCGACUGUCGCGGGAUGACUUCGAACUAGUCAAGGUGAUAGGCCGCGGGGCUUUUGGUGAGGUGUGCGUUGUACGAGCGUCUUUUAUGCAGGGAACAGACGGUGGUGUCAACAUGGCGGUGGCGGGCGGCACAGUAUCGACAACGACUGGCGAAAGGGUGUACGCAAUGAAAAUAUUGAACAAAUGGGAAAUGCUCAAGAGGGCGGAAACAGCGUGCUUUCAAGAAGAACGUGACAUGCUCGUGUUUGGCGAUAGGAGAUGGAUCACAAACUUACAUUACGCCUUCCAAGACGAACACAAUUUGUACCUCGUAAUGGAUUACUACUGCGGCGGGGACCUGCUAACUCUACUCUCCAAGUUUGAGGAUCGUCUUCCCGAGGAUAUGGCUAAGUUCUACAUUGCUGAGAUGGUGCUAGCCAUACAGAGUGUUCAUGAACUGAGAUAUGUACACAGAGACAUCAAACCAGAUAAUGUUCUGUUGGACGCCAGUGGGCACAUCAGGUUGGCUGAUUUCGGAUCGUGUUUGCGGUUAGGUGAUGAUGGAAAGGUACAAAGCAACGUGGCUGUAGGGACUCCAGACUACAUCUCUCCGGAGAUCCUCCGCGCCAUGGAGGACGGACAGGGCCGUUACGGACCCGAGUGCGAUUGGUGGUCGCUUGGCGUGUGUAUGUUCGAGAUGCUGUUCGGCGAGACGCCGUUCUACGCGGAGUCGUUGGUGGAGACGUACGGCAAGAUCAUGAACCACGCGCGCUCGUUCCACUGCCCGCCGCCCGAGGAACAUACCGCACAGGUAUCUGAGGAAGCGAAAGAUCUCAUCCGAAGAUUGAUUUGUUCAUCUGAGAAUCGAUUAGGAAAGAAUGGCUUACAGGAUUUCAAGAACCAUCCAUGGUUUGCGGGCCUCGACUGGGAAAAUCUGCGCGAGAUGCAGGCGCCGUUCGUACCUGACGUGUCCAGUCCUACAGACACGUCCAACUUCGAUGUAGAUGACACCGACAUUAGGGUGUCGGGAGCAGUUCCGCCGCCGAGUGCGAGCGCGGCGUUCUCUGGGCUGCACCUGCCGUUCGUGGGGUUCACGUUCACGGCCGGCUCCAGGCUCUGCGACCUCGGCGCGCCCGCCGCGCCCCUCAGCCCCGCCAAGAACGCGCCGCGACAGGCGCCAAGCAAUGCUGGCGAUCGAGCAGCGCUUAAAGCGCUUGAACGCGAGAACGCGCUGCUCGCACAGACCAUCGCUGAAUUGCGUGCAGGCGGGGAACCCACCGAUGAUCUAGUCCAACUGAAGGAAGAUCUGGCAGCAGUAUCAAAGAGGAACGCAGACCUUGAAGCCCAAAUCCGGUGUUACGAACAACUCAACAGUGGUAUAACUGCACAGGACGUGCAAGCAAUGACCGGUAUACCACAGGAUGCGGCGCGGCUACGAGAGUUGGAGACAAUGAUCAAUAAUCUUACUGCGGAGAAAGAGGAUUUGGUGAAAGAUAAAACGGACUCUAUAGAGAAACUGAGGCUGCAGGACAAAGAACUGAAGGAUGCAUUGUCACAACGCAAGUUGGCGAUGACCGAAUACAACGAAGUGUCCGACAAGCUGUCCGAGUUAAGGCGGCAGAAGCAGAAGUUGUCACAGCAGGUCCGUGACAAGGAAGAAGAACUUGAGGUAGCCAUGCAGAAGAUAGACGCACUGCGGCAGGACAUCCGUCGCGCUGAGAAGGGACGCCGCGAGCUGGAGGCGAGGCUCGAUACCGCUAUCUCAGAGGCUACUAAGGAGCGCAAGUUGCGAGAGGAAACGUUGCGCGGUGCGAGGGCGGAGGCCGGCGCGGCGGCGGCGGCGGCGGGGGCGGGGGGCGCGGGGGGCGCGGGCGGAGCCGCCGCCGACGUGGCGCGCCUGCAGCAGGAGGUGGAGGCGCUCGAGAUGCAAUAUGCGGAAUCAUUGUCGCAACAGCAGGCGCGGUUCGGUGCAGAACUGGCCGCUUUACGAGAUCAGAUGCUGGAGGGCGACGCGCUUCGCAACGUGCUUAGUAGAGAGCUACAAACGUCCAAAGAGAAGUUGGAGAGCCGCCGUCUAGAGCAGCUGUCGGAUACUGAGGACAAGCAGAUGCUCAUCAACGAGAACAGGAAGCUUGCCAAGGAUCUCGAGGCUAUGGCAGAGAACGGUCGACGGUGGCAGUCAGAACGACGGCAAAUGGAGAUGGAGUUGGAAGAGCUAAGAGCUAAACGCGACACUAUGCAACAUUGGGAGACUCAGAUUGCCGAUAUAAUACGAUGGGUCGCGGACGAAAAGGAAGCACGCGGUUACUUACAAGCGCUCGCUACUAAGAUGACAGAAGAAUUGGAUUAUUUGAAACGAGCGAGUGCGUCCCGCACGGGAGUUCCGUCGUCGUCGCCGCCGUCGUCGGCCCCGAGCGGGUCGGGCGGGUGGAGGAACCGCCGCUCGCAGAAGUUGGACAAGAUGGAGAUCCUCACGCUGCAGUCCUCGCUGCACGCCGAGAUACAGGCCAAGCAGGCCGUCGGGGAGGAGCUCUCCAGGACCCGCGCCGAGCUGCUCGACACGCAAAGAGAGUUGUUGGAGAGUCGGCAGCGCCUUGAAGCCGUCGCGCACGAGGUGAAGCGCAAGGAACAGCACAUUCGAGAUAUGCAGGCCAGACUGGACGCGCCGCACCAGCCAGGCAACUCCUCGAGGCAAGGAUCGGCCAAGUCGUCCACAUAUUGGAGCGGUAAAGAAGAGAAUGUCCUGGACCGCCCGUCAUCGCAGAUGAGUUAUCUCGACCAGUUCCUCAAACAGACGCCCACAGAACGGCACUAUGAUAAUGUGCCGUCGGUCAAUAAUGAACAGAAGAUGUCGCCGCAGUAUCGUUACAGGAAUGCGCAGUAUUGUUGCAAUGCCAAGAUGAUGUAUGGAUCUCAGCAGUCGGCGGGUCUGAGUGGAUCUGUGGAGUCCCAAGAUGAGUUAGAGGCGAGAGCCGCCUCUCCUGCCUCAAGCAAGAGUUCACCCAGUGAAAUGUCAACGGAUCCAUCAAUAGGCCCCGCAGUGCCAGGCAAACAGAAGCUUCACCAAUUCCUCGUGAGGACAUUCAGUAGUCCGACCAAGUGCAAUCACUGUACUUCGCUUAUGAUCGGGCUGACGCGGCAGGGCGUGGUGUGCGAGACGUGCGGACUAUGCGUUCACACGCGGUGUUGCGCGCGGGUGGCGCCGCGCUGUCCGCUGCCGGCCGAGCGAGAGCGGCGCCCCCUGGGGAUAGACCCCGCGCGCGGACAGGGCACCGCCUACGAGGGCUACGUCAAGGUUCCAAAACCCGGAGGUGUGAAGAAAGGCUGGAUGAGACAGUUCGUAGUUGUGUGCGACUUCAAACUGUUUCUAUACGAUAUAUCCCAAGACAGGAAUGCUUUACCAUCGGUAUGUGUAAGUCAAGUGCUCGACAUGCGGGACCCUGAAUUCAGCGUAACAUCGGUAAAGGAAUCUGACGUCAUACACGCAAACAAGAGAGAUAUACCGUGCAUAUUUAGGAUAUCAACGUCUCAACUCGAAGGCGGCAAUCGUUCUCACACAUUGAUGCUGGCAGAGUCUGAGUCUGAGAAAACAAAAUGGGUGGUGGCUUUAAGCGAACUACAUAGAAUACUCAAGAGGAACAAUCUGCCAGAUAAAUGUGCGUAUCGAGCGCGGGUGGUGGCGGAGGGCGGGGGCGGCGCGGGCGCGGCGGCGGCCGGCGUGCGCGGCGCGGCCGCCGGCGCCGUGCUGGAGCGCGCGCGGCUCGUGCUCGCCGGCGACGCGGGGCUCGCGCUGCUCGACCUCGAGCGCGCCGAGCUCACGCCGCGCCGCCAGCACGCGCCCGUCGCCAAGCUGCUGUACGUCGCGCAGGAGCAGCUGCUGGUGGUAAUAGCUGGACGCGGCCGACACGUGCGGCUGGUGCCGAUCCGCGCAUUGGAAUGCUCCGAAGUGGAGUGCGUGAAGCUGGCAGAGUCCAAGGGCGCCGUCGACGUCGCCGUCGGGGAUCUUAAUGCAAACACUAUGGGUUUCGCGGUCGUCUGCAAGCGACAGAACACGUACGUGGUGAACGUGUACGAGAUCACGCGCACUGCGGCGCGGCGGUGCCGCAUCGCGGAGCUGCGCGCGCCGGGCGCCGUGCACUGCGUGCAGCUGGCGCGCGGCCGCCUGCUGCUCGGGUACCGCGGGGGGUUCGCCGCGCACUGCCUGCCCGACCCGCGCCGCCCCGCGCUCGACCAGCCCGCCGUCCCGGUGGUACAUCCAGACAAUCAAGUCAAUCUAUUCCUGUCACAUUCGGGCGCAAAACCAUUGGCUUGCGCGCCGGUACCCAACUCGCACGACAUGUUACUAGUGUUCAACUCGCUAGCUAUUUACGUGGAUCGUAAUGGACAUCGUGCGCGCGACACAGAAUUAAUGUACACCGCGCAGCCCACCUACCAUGCGAUAAACGAAACACAUCUAUUAAUAUUCACAGCGACACAUAUCGAUAUAUAUGAUAUAGAGUUGGGAGAGUGGGUGCAAACCAUCAAUAUACCGCAGGCUCGCCCGCUGGACGCGGGCGGGUGGCUGGUGGCGUGCGGCGCGCCGGCGGCCGACGCGGCGCCGCUGCUGCUGUACCUGCGCCCGCUCGCCCGCCAGGGUCCUCUGGCUGCGGAACAGCUUUCAACGUGGGGCAGCAAGCGACGGUUCUCUGUACGUGAGCAGUCACAUCAAGCCAUCGAGGCACAUAACCGGCUGUCUGAGAGGCGGUCGCGGCUGAUCUCAGCUCCGACGAACUUCGCACAUCUCUCACACAUGGGGCCCGGCGACGGCAUCCGCUCGCAGCGACUUCUAGACCUCCCCACCACGCUCGAGACGGCCGACGAACUGCCGCAGCAGGUGUACAGUAGCCGGGAGAGCAGUAAGCGUACAUCCCCACUUACGAUAUCGCAUGGGACCGGCUCUUACAACGGGUCAUGGCGCGGACGAGGUCGAGAAGCGCGGGAAGAGGCUCCACCUUCGCCGGGCUCCCACCACCGCCCCAUGGAGAGGUCGAUAGGCGGCGGAUCUCAAGGUAGUGGCUCCUUAUUACUGGAGAGGUCAAUAACGCCACUGAGCCUCGGCAGUAUGAGCUCGUUGCAUGAUGUACUUAAGGUGGGUACGGAUAUGGGGGAAGGACUUCACUCUGAGGAUAGCAGUGCUCUCUCACUGAAUUCGACCCCAUGGAUUAUGCAACAUUAUACAUUGGACCUUGCGCUUGGCGACAUCUGUAUGCUGUUCAUGUAUAGGCCACAAAAGACUACCAACAUCAGAAACCAGUUGGACGCGUAUUGGAACAUAGACAUGUCCCGUUUCUACGCUUGCUUCUGUUAA